AUGACAGUCCUUCCACUGGCUUUUCGUGAUAUUGAUGAUGACAAGAUCAUAGGAGGAUACACCUAUCAAGAGAAUUCUGUGCCCUCACAGGUGUCCAUGGACUCUGGUCACCACUUCUGUGGGGAGAACGCGAACGCAGUCCCCCACUACCACAAAUUAUGCAGUCGAGUUUCCCGCAUUUGGGGAAAUCGCAGGGGUCAGCAUAUCCGGAGUGCAAUGGAUAAGCCCCGCCCUGGGAAAACCACCUUCGGAGCUAUAAAUUCAGGCUCUCUUCCCCUGCUCACUACCUUCUGCCACCAUGAGUGCUCUCCUGAUCCUGGUCCUUGUGGGAGCUGCUGUUGCUUUCCUGUUGACGAUGAUGACAAGAUCGUCGGUGGAUACACUUGCCGGGAGAGUUCUGUGCCCUACCAGGUGUCUCUGAACUCUGGGUACCACUUUUGUGGAGGUUCCCUCAUCAAUAGCCAAUGGGUGGUGUCUGCUGCUCACUGCUACAAGAGCCGCAUCCAAGUGAGACUGGGAGAGCACAACAUCAAUGUCGUUGAGGGCAAUGAGCAGUUUGUCACUGCUUCCAAAAGCAUCAGGCACCCCAACUUCAAUUCGAGGACCCUGGACAAUGACAUCAUGCUGAUCAAGCUAGCUUCCCCUGUGACCCUCAAUGCCAGAGUGGCAGCUGUAGCUCUGCCCACCUCCUGUGCACCUGCUGGCACUCAGUGCCUCAUCUCUGGCUGGGGCAACACCCUUAGCUCAGGUGUGAAUAACCCAGACCUGCUCCAGUGCCUGGAUGCCCCUCUGCUGUCUCAGGCUGCCUGUGAAGCCUCCUACCCUGGACAAAUCACCAACAACAUGGUCUGUGCUGGCUUCCUUGAGGGAGGCAAGGAUUCCUGCCAGGGUGACUCUGGUGGCCCUGUGGUCUGCAAAGGACAACUUCAGGGCAUUGUCUCCUGGGGCUAUGGCUGUGCCCAGAAGAACCUCCCUGGUGUGUACACCAAGGUCUGCAACUAUGUGAACUGGAUCCAGAGCACAAUUGCUGCCAACUAGAGAUCCCCAAUCCCUCCUUAGUCCCUGUGUCAAUAAAGUGCAUUUUUCAUCA